AUGCUGUAUGAUUCAACCAGAAGGUCAGAAGGAUCUAAUAGUGGACGGGUAAGAAGGCAUCGUGGUUCUGUUCCAGGCCGUAGAACAAUUAAUCGUGGUAGAGUUGAAGGCCACGAAAGACUCUAUCGUGACUAUUUUGUAACCCCUUGUGUAUAUGAAGGGUUUUUUCGAAGGAGAUUCCGAAUGAGUCGUCAUCUUUUUCUUCGAAUUGCAAAUGAAGUUGAACAACACGAUCCAUAUUUCAUCCAAACAACAGAUGCUGUUGGAGUUCUUGAUUUGUCAUCCCUUCAGAAGAUAACAGCUGCUUACAGAAUUCAUGCUUACGGAACACCGGCAGAUUCUGUGGAUGAAUACAUCAGAAUUGGAGAAAGUACUGCCAUACUUAGUCUAAGAAGGUUUGUGAAAGCUGUUAUUGUAGUGUUUGGCGACCAUUACUUGAGGCCACCAAACAAUAGCGAUAUUACUUGA